AUGGCUAUUUUACAACAUUCUCAUCAGCCUGAUUCUGCUCCUCAGUAUGACCUUAUGGCUUCUGCCAACUUUGCUGGAGCAUCUGGCCACAUGACUUAUAACAAAGAUCUUCUAACCAAUAUUACACCUUUUCCUAUUCCUUACCUUGUCACACUUCCUAAUGGAUAUAAAGGCCCUUCUCUGAAGAUGCCUCUGGAGCUUGGUAAACUAGAGGAUGGGCUUUACAAGUUUGUCUGCACUAUUGCAUUCUCUUCUUCAGCUCAAAAUGUUUCUCCCGUGCCUCUUGCAUAUUCUUUACCUCUUACUUCUCCCACUCUUGAUCCUAUUCACCCCACUCCUGAUCCUACUUCUCAUGUGCCCUCUUCCCCUUCUAUUCCUAUUUCUGCUUCACCUUCUCUUUCUCCUGCUCCUAUUCCUUCUCCUGUUUCUGACUCAACUCCUCCAUGUGUUAUUCCUUCCCCUGUUCAUACUACAACAGCUCCUCCUCCUGUUGUUGGUCCACUCAGAAGGUUUGACAAACCUCAUACCCUUCCAUCCCACUUGACUGAUUAUGUCUGCCAAUUGCCACCCUCAUUCUCUUGCAUCAGUCCUUUGACUCCUCAUGCUAUGUUUGAGCCCCCUACUUAUUCCCAAGCUGCACCUGUUCCAACUUGGCAAGAUGCUAUGAGGAAAGAGUUUGAGGUCCUCGAGACCAAUUAG